GAUCUCAAGUGGCCUUUCCCCUUAACUAUUUGAGAUCGAGGGGUCUGAUAUUCUUCCCUGUUUGCAUAGGUGGCCUCACCUGUCCUACAAAUUCAAAAGCUGCUUCGUAUUUAUGAAGCAAAAAGACAAACAAAAUGACAAGGGUAUUCUCAGGUGGUGAGGUCUAAUCGACAACUGAGCAACUCUUGGUAGGCAGACUCAUAUUUAAGAGCACGGUCUGAACUAUUUUGGAUUGUAUUUUGCACACACACUAGUUGUCCUGAUAGUGAAAGGCCAGAGAGUUGAGCUCCAGGUGGUGAUACUAGCUAUUUAUGUUCAGUUUUUUUUUUUUUUUGAUCCGCUAUUUAUGUUCAGUUUGAGAUGGGUCUUUUCGCUCUAUGUUUAUUCAUUGGGUUUUGCUAGUCCACAAACAGAAACUAAAGCCUCCCACUCAGGGUUCCCUCCAGUCUUUUCUUGGGAUAUUCACAGUUGUAUUGGGUUGUUUCUCUAUUACUUGUAAUGGAGUCUUCCAAAGUUCCUGGAGAUUCAGAAGAAUGUUGCAGCAGUGAGUCCGGUUGGACAAUGUAUAUUGGCUCUCCGGGUGACGAUGAUAGCGACGCCAAUGAUGGCCACAGCACCGAUAAAACAGUGCACAACAAUGACAAAGAUGAAGAUGACGAUGGAAGCGAUGAUUCUAUGGCUUCAGAUGCCUCGUCUGGUCCGAGCCAUCGAGAGCUUCCGUACCUAAGUAAUAAAGGAAGUCGUGUAUUGGGUGAUUCCAAGCACUCAGUGAGUGAAGAUCAGAGUAAGUAUUCCUCAAGCAAGAAACCUAACAAAAAGGUGGAGAAGAAGAGAAAUGAAAAGAGGAUAAAUGGAGAGAAGGAAGUGCCAGGCCAUAAUGCAAAUAGUGCUGCUGCUAGUUAUGGUCAGGGUGAAGCAAAGGUGAGAAAAAACAACAAAACGGCGGGAAAAUAGAAGGAUUCUAAGGUUUCAUUCGGAUAUCGUCCAAGAUUGGUUGCAUAGUUUCUUUAUCUCAUCCUACAAUAUCGGAAAAAGGUUACAAAAAGGAAGGGCCAUCCAUGCUGUGGUCCUAAAGUCUCAGUUUUCCGUGUUGGAUCAAGAAAAUGUAGUUUGACAGUUUGUUAGCACAUGCAUCUAUGCAUCAAGAAUGUGCACCUACAACUGUAUUUUCAUGUGUUCUAUUACGCACAUUUGCUUAUCAAUUAUAUUCUGUUGUGUAUAUGCCUCCAAAACA